AUGGCGCACGCCUUGCCACAUUGUAAGAAUGCAGACCUCUUCCUCGAACCCUACUUUCUCACUACUUUCAUUUUUCUUUUAGCGAUUCCCUCUGUCUUUGUUUGCGCGUACCUUAUCUUUCGUCUCCCACUAUUUGUAUUUACUCCUUUUCUUACUUGCAUUUUUCUUACUUGCAUUUAUUUCUUCUUUCGUUCCUUUUUCCCGGGGAUUUCUCUUUCUUUCUUUCUUAGUUUCCUUCCGUCUUUUUUCUUUCUUUCUUUCUUUUUUAUUGUGAGAUUUCACGCUUUCUAUUUUUCCAUUUUUGUAGAUUUUUCUUUAUUUCUUUCUUUCUUUCUUUCUUUCUUUCUUUCUUUCUUUUUUUCGUUCGUUCUUUCUUUCUUUCUUUCUUUCUUACAUAUAAUGCGAUUUUCUUUCUUUUCUUUCUUUCUUCCUUUCUUUCUUUCUUUUCUGUUAUUUGAUAUUUCUUACCCUUUCCCUUGUAGCUUAACUUCCUUCCUUCCGGCCACAAAUCCUCCCAUCUUUCUUUUACUUAAUACGACGUUUCCUAUUUUCUCUCUUUUCAUUCAAUCUUUCUUUCUUUCUUUCUUUCUUUCUUUUCCUUCUUUCUUUCUUUCUUUUUCUUUCUUUCUUUCUUUCUUUCUUUCUUUCUUUCUUUCUGUUUUUCCUAUAUUUCCUACUUUCUCCCUAUUAAUUUCGCUUCCUCUCUUCGUUCGUUCCUUCGUUCCUUCCUUUUUUCCUUCCUUCAUUCUUUCAUUCCACACUUCCUUCCGUACUUGCCCUGUCGAACGUUUCUUUCUUUCUUUUUUCUUUCUAACUUUCUUUUUUCUUUCUAACUUUCUUUCUUUCUUUCUUUCUUUCUUUCUUUCUUUCUUUCUUAUAUAUAAUAUUUUUCCUACUAUUCCGACUUUCUCCUACUACUUUCGAACACUUCCGUCUUUCUUUCCUUUUUCUUUCUUUUUCCAUUUUUCUUUCUUUCUCUCUUUCUUUCUUUCUUUCCGUCUCUUUUUCUUUCUUUCUUUCCGCCUCUUUUUCUUUCUUUUUCUUAUCUGCAUUUCAUUAUUAGAUUUGAUUGUUUCAUUGCUAGGCCUCGCUUCUGCUAACUCUCACCGAUGUCGCUUUUUUUUUUCAGCAGCCAGCUUGUCUCAUGCCGCAUCUUCAGCAAUUUUUCCUCCUCGCCUCUGUCUUUCUAUCUGCGAAUGUCUCCUAUAUUUGAGAGCAGUCUCUAUUGAUCUACAUUUCUCGGUCGCUUCAUAUCUAUCUAUCUAUCUAUCUAUCUAUCUAUCUGCUUUCUGUGAGUCGGUUUCUCUCGAAUUAUUAUCUGUCUUACUUGGUAUCUUGGUAUCCUCCUAUCUAUCUAUCUAUCUAUCUAUCUAUCUAUCUAUCUAUCUAAUGCUUCCUGUGUGUUUGUUUCUCUCAAAUUAUCUGUCUUACUUGGUGCCCUCAUAUCUAUCUAUCUAUCUAUCUGCUUCCUGUGAGCUGACUUCUCUCGAAUUGUUAUCUGUCUUACUUGGUGCGUUUUGGUGUCCUAUCUAUCUAUCUAUCUAUCUAUUUCUCUGCGACGUGACCAGUGUGAGCUUCGGGCCUUCACAAGCCCGAAGUAUUCAAUCACUUCUGCCUGCGACUAAGUAUUCGGUGGCAACACUUCCUCUUGAACACCGGCGUACGCUUUCGCUGCAAAAUUGGCCAUCUCCUAAAAGCUCUCCUCACAAAGCGACUUCGGUUGUUUGA